CACGUGUUGUGGUCAUGUGACGUGGUCAUGUGACGUGUCUAGUUCCUACACUAACCAUUUAUACUAUAGCAGCUUGUAUUUAUCCUGAACCAUGAGCGCAGGUUAUUAUUUAGAACUAAGCGACAAUCCGGUUCAGUUUGAAAGUGCAUCAAGUGUCAACAAUGUGUUUUUUGAUGAAGCUAAUAAACAGGUUUUUGCUGUGCGAUCUGGUGGUGCCACUGGGGUCGUGGUCAAAGGUCCAGAAGACAAGAACUCCAUUGCUUUUAGAAUGGAUGACAAAGGGGAGGUAAAGUGUAUAAAGUUUUCAUUGGGGAACAAAAUCUUAGCUGUUCAGCGAACACCAAAAACAGUGGAUUUCAUGAACUUCAUUCCCGAUUUGCCCCAUUUGGAAUUCUCCCAUGAAUGCAAGACCAAGAAUUCUAAUAUUCUGGGCUUUUGUUGGACCAGCUGGAAUGAAAUAGUUUUCAUCACUGACCAGGGGAUAGAAUUUUACCAGGUGCUGCCUGAAAAGCGAAGCGUGAAGAUCUUGAAGAGCCAGAGCAUUAAUGUGAACUGGUAUAUUUACUGCCCAGAGACGGCGGUCCUUGUGCUGUCCACCACUGUACAAGGCAACGUUCUGCAGCCUUUUGCUUUCAAAAAUGGGACGAUGUCAAAAAUGCCGAAGCUUGAGAUUGAGUUGCCGGUUGCCCCAAAACCAGCCAAAAUGGUCCUGUCAGAACGUGAUAUUUCAGUUGCCACCAUUUAUGGUCAGCUCUAUGUGAUGUAUCUUAAACACCAUAGCAGGACUACCAACAGCUCAGGAGCAGAAGUGGUUUUGUAUCACUUAGUUCGAGAAGGAUCCUGUAAAAAGGCACAUGUGCUGAAACUGAACACUUCGGGCAAAUUUGCUCUGAAUGUUGUGGAUAACCUGGUGGUGGUGCAUCAUCAGAGCUCACGGACCUCUUUUAUCUUUGAUAUAAAGUUAAAAGAUCCAGAUGGUGCUGUGAACAUUCACCAACCUGUCCUGCCUGCACAGUCCAUCCAUCCCUACAAGAUCUCUGUCACAGGACCUGUGGCUACUCCCAGUCAGGCGUCAGUGCAAUGUGAGCUCUACUCCUCUACUUGGAGUGUCUUUCAACCAGAUAUCAUAAUCAGUGCAAGUGAAGGUUAUCUUUGGUACCUUCACGUGAAACUCCAUCCAACAGUGGACCUUCUUCAAGACAAAGGAAAACUGAUGGAUUUUCUUCUGCACCGAAGUGACUGCAAAAUGGUCAUCCUGUCCGUAUGCUCGCAGAUGCUUGUAGGUGGAGACAAAGGGAACUUGCCUGUAGUGGCCACUGUAUUUGAUAAGCUAAACCAAGUGUAUAAAGAAUACCUGGAGGCAGAGCAAGCGUACACUUUGGCUUUGGAAUCAGGACCCAGUCGCUUUAGUAACUCCUGUAAAAGACCAGUUCGAACACAAGCAGUUAUUGACCAGUCAGACAUGUACACACACGUCUUCUCUGCAUUUACAGAGAAAAAGGGUGUAUCACAUAAGUUCGUCAUUGCUGUUCUCAUGGAAUACAUUCGCUCACUCAACCAGUUCCAAAUCACUGUUCAGCACUACUUUUAUGAGCUGAUUAUUAAAACUCUGGUCCAGCAUAAUCUCUUCUACAUGCUUCACCAGUUCCUCCAGUAUCAUGUGCUGAGUGACUCCAAGCCACUGGCUUGUCUGUUGUUGUCUUUGGAGAGCACGUACCCUCCUGCUCACCAGCUCUCUCUAGAUAUGCUGAAGAGGCUCUCCACAGCUAAUGACGAGAUUGUGGAGGUACUUCUGUCGAAACAGCAAGUUCUCGAAGCUCUCCGAUUUGUCCGCAGUGUCGGUGGCCAUGACAACGUCUCAGCACGCAAGUUUUUGGAUGCUGCCCGGCAGACGAAGGACACGAUGCUCUUCUAUACAAUCUUCCGGUUCUUUGAACAAAGAAACUUUAGGUUACGUGGCAAUCCUGCUUUUAAUCCAGGUGAACACUGUGAGGAACACGUCACCUACUUCAAAGAAGUGUUCGGGGAACAAACACUGAUGAAACUCCCAGUUGUGUAAAGAAAAGGAUGGAGAUUUACUAGCCAGGUUCCUGAAGCAAUUAUAACUCAUCAUUCUGCCUGAAAAAUGUUUCACAUCUUUACGAUUUCACAUUCAAACUGUGUUCAGUUCAUUCUUAUGUCAUAAAUGUGUUUGUGAAUGAGACCUUUAUCAUUUACCUUUAUCAAGUUAAGUCACAAGUUCGUACGGCUCUGUUACUUUGCAUCAUCUUUUAUAAGUCUUAUACUGUGCAGGCUUUGGUUGCAGUGCAAGUCAUGUGACAAAGUUUAAGGCAAAUGAGAUUAUUAGGCAUUUACUAACCUUCCUGAAAAACAUGUGGCCACCAGAGCGUUCACUCGGGUUUGCCCCUUCCCUGCACUUAUCUGGGCAUGACUUCCACUAUAUUUUAGAAGGUGGCUGUGUAGAUUUGUGUCAUUCAGCUGUUGGAGUAUUAGUAAGGUGAGAAGAUACUGGUGCACAGUCAGCAUUCCAGUUCAACCCAAAGGUCUUCAGUGAGGUUGCUUUCAGGCCUCAAACCACUUGAGGUUCUCCACAUCAGGCUUUGUGCAUGGGAUAUCAGAUGGAACAGGAUGAGAUGUCCACAUACUGUAGGGGAUUAUAGUGUAAAUAAUUAUGUAAACAGUAAAUAACAAAACACCAUAGAACAAGAAAUUUGUAGAAUUUUGUUCAUGUACAGAGCAGAAACUGAGAGAUGCAAUAAAUAAAUAAUUGCACAAUA